UGUUGCUGCCGCUAAAGAAGAUGGCUCUGGCGGCUGGUAAUCGCGUCCCUUCGAUCGCCGUCGCGUACACUUAGUAUCGUGUGCGCGUUUCUUUCCUUUCACACUCUUGUCGUUACCCCUUUAUACAUCUCCACGCAGCGGGCCUCUCCUUAAAUAUCCGGACGAUCCGCUCGUGUGCUGUUGCUUGUUUUCGUGAUCUGCUUCAUCAUAAUUCAUUCGCAAUGCGUCUUCGCGAAGCUCUCAGGAGAACAACGACCCUAGGACGGGGCUCUACAGCGAUCAUAGCUCGCAACGACUCCGGACAGUGUUAAGGAUAUAGGAAGGAGAGAGAGACAGGAUCGAAAAUUGUGUGAAAAUAUUGUAAAUGGAUGUUUUGUAUCCUUCAUUUUUUCACGCUAAGCGUCAAAAGUUAUCUCGCUGUUACUAAAUAGAAGCCCAGUGAACAAAAAUCAUGGAUCAAGCCAGAAAUAGACCGAGUAGACCACGACUGCGUUCUCACGGUAACUCCGCUAGGGUGCUUGUGUUCGAUCAAAAUGAAGUUGAAGAAACUGUCAGUAACAUGGAAACGGAUUUGCACAAACAUUCAGUACCACCAAAAUUGGAGAGCAAGGAAGCGCCAGUUCGGCCUGUUAGUGGAGAAUUAUCAAAUCUAGUUCGCAUGAGAAAUUCUGCGAUAGGAAAGUCGGCACCUUCUCUAUCAGUUCAUGUGCGUGAUUUCAACAUUUCUCGUCGCGCUGCCAAAGCGGCUCAUCGUAAGUCUCUUAUUACAACUACAUCGCCUACUUUACCACGUUGCCAUUCACCUUUAUCAGCAUUCGUCCCAAUUAUAGGCAGUCCCUUAGAGAGCCCUAGGAUGUCGUCCAGUCCACACUUUGCUUUUGCUCCAAUUAAAAGAAUUGGAGGAGGUGCUACAGGAACUGGCGAUGGUAGAAGAUGGUCAGUUGCUAGUUUACCGUCCAGUGGCUACGGAACAACACCCGGCUCUAGUAAUGUUUCAUCGCAAUACUCGAGCCAAGAACGGUUGCAUCAAUUACCAAAUGUUCCCACUAAGGAUGAGCUACGCAUGUUGUCUUGCCAUUUCUCCAAGCCCGGGACACCAUGCUCUUCGCAUCCGGGCUUCCCAGGUUCCAGCAUAUCUAAUAUUCCGGGUAGCGCAUCUUUUAACCUCGAAGAGGAAGGCCGUCGAUCGCCGUUACAUCGUCCACGUUCUCGAAGUUUGAGCAGUCCGAGUCGAUCACCUGUUCUUGACAGUGAAAUUGUUAUGAUGAAUACUUUAUAUAAAGAAAGAUUUCCGAAGGCAACGCAACAGAUGGAAGAGCGAUUGACCAAUUUUAUUAAUGAAAACAAGGAGAUAGAUGAAUACGAGGUGGUGGCUACUAUGACGCAGGAUUCAUUACCAAUUUUACGUUUUGUACAUCAUCAAGUAAUCGAAAUGGCCAGAGAUUGUUUGCAAAAAUCUCAGGAAAAAUUAAUUACAACGAGGUACUUUUAUGAGAUGAGCGAAAAUCUGGAACAUCUGUUAAUUGAGACGAAAGAUAAAUCUUUAGAGGCGGCAACGAGAUUAACAGGAUUAAUAAAGAAAUUAUUGUUGGUUAUAUCGCGUCCAGCUCGUUUGUUAGAGUGUUUAGAAUUCGAUCCCGAGGAAUUUUAUCAUUUACUUGAACAAGCCGAAGGCCAAGCUAAAGUCAAUGCGGGAAUAAAAACUGAUAUUCCUCAAUAUAUUAUUACGAAAUUAUCUUUAAAUAGAGAUCCUAUAUCUGAGUUGCAAGAAGAUUUGAAUAAAUUGGAAGAUUCAGCGAGUUCUAGCGACAGUAAUCUGCAUAUGACAUCGAGUCCAAAUAAAGAUGAUGACAAGUAUCAGCGUAUUCCGUGCGAAAGUGAUUACGAAGUGUUGAAGCUCAUUAGUAAUGGUGCAUAUGGCGCGGUGUAUUUGGUUAAGGAGAAGAGUACCCGACAAAGAUUUGCUAUGAAGAAAAUCAAUAAGAAUAAUUUAAUGCUGCGAAAUCAAGUGGAACAAGUGUUUGCCGAAAGAGACAUAAUGAGCUUCACAGAUAAUCCAUUUGUAGUUUCUAUGUACUGUAGUUUCGAAACCAAGAAACAUUUGUGCUUAGUAAUGGAAUACGUGGAAGGUGGAGAUUGCGCGAAUCUUUUAAAAAAUAUAGGUCCACUGCCACCAGAUAUGGCAAGAUUUUAUUUCGCAGAAACCGUUUUGGCUGUUGAAUAUUUACACAGUUAUGGCAUUGUUCAUCGGGAUUUGAAGCCUGAUAAUUUACUCAUCACUGCCCUAGGACACAUCAAGCUUACUGACUUCGGUCUUAGUAAAAUGGGUCUAAUGUCUUUGGCAACAAAUCUCUACGAGGGUUACAUUGACCGAGACACAAGGCAAUUCUCAGACAAGCAAGUGUUCGGUACACCGGAAUACAUUGCUCCGGAAGUUAUAUUACGCCAGGGUUAUGGUAAACCGGUUGACUGGUGGUCCAUGGGUAUUAUAUUAUAUGAAUUUUUAAUUGGCUGUGUUCCAUUCUUCGGCGAGACACCCGAGGAAUUAUUUGCUCACACGGUGAACGAUGACAUCGAAUGGCCAGACGAAGACGAUUGGCCUGUUCAGUCAGAGGCGAAGGAUAUUAUAACGGUUCUUUUACAUCAAAGCCCUAGGGAGCGAUUGGGUACUGGUGGGUCACACGAAGUCAAGGAGCAUCUAUAUUUUUAUGGAGUUAACUGGAAUAGUUUACUUAGGCAAAAGGCCGAAUUUGUGCCACAAUUAAUUAAUGACGAAGAUACAAGUUACUUUGACACUCGUAUGGAUAGAUAUAAUCAUGAUUUGGGCGAUGACACAGAUGACACCGACGAUUCUCCUUUGUUUGGAUCAUUCUCUUCUUACUCGCCUCAAUCGCGCAAGAUUUCGCAAACGCGCCCGCCUCAGUUCAAUUCUGAUGCAGAAUUGGACGCUUCAAAGAAGCAAUUAUUCCGUACGGAACUUGAAGGCACGUUUGCUCAAAUGUCUCUUGGAUCGAUUGUACCAGUCCAAACGCCGCCAUUUAAACUAGCCGAUCCACAAUCCGUGCCACCAUUCGAAAAACAUCGGCUAUCCUCUUCGUCGAUAAAAAAUAGUUCUUGUACUGAGAAUCCAAACAGAACUGAAGUCAACAUUGCGUCGUUGUCCUGCGUGACUCCCGGCGUUACUACUAUUUCAUCGAGCAACGAAGCGCAACUGUCUAUCAAAAAUAGUCAGGUGGAAAGAACGUCGAUUAAUCUGAGUACACCUGACUCUUCGCAAACCGAGUCCGAGGAUAUUAGCCCUCAGAUCCAAAGGAAGCGGCACGCACAUUCCCGUGACAAGCUGCCCAGGUUCAGUAUAUUCGUUGAUGAUGAACACAUAUUGGAUCUCGCAGCGGCAAAUAAAGACACAACAGAAGAGAAUAAGCAGAAUUCCAGCACUGACUCUUUCGAGUCCUUCAGCGCCAUGUCUAUGUUACCAUCCACCCGACAGAAAUCUCGAUCCGUUAUCAAAUCCGCUUCGACCAGUGGGCUGUCGUUAGUGAUCCCGACUAAUGAUUUCACCUACGACUCGCCACUUAAUGUUCAACCUAUCGAAUCGCCUGGUGGAUCAUCGACCGCGUCCUCGAGGGAUACUUCUCCUUGCCGCGAAUUAAGUCCUCUCGUGACUAGUCUGAAACCGCCCAUUAUCAUCCGACGAGGACCAUGCGGCUUUGGAUUCACAGUGCACACCAUCAGAGUUUAUUACGGCGAUAGUGAUUUCUAUACUAUGCAUCAUCUCGUAAUGGAAGUCGAACAGUCCAGCCCAGCAUUUGAAGCUGGUUUGAGACCUGGUGAUCUGAUAACGCAUAUAAAUGGUGAGGCGGUACAAGGUCUGUAUCACACUCAAGUCCUGCAGCUAAUGUUGAGUGGCGGUGACCACGUGACAUUACGUAGCACGCCUCUAGAAAACACUAGCAUCAAGACUGGCGGCAGGAAGCGCAACCUCGCUCAGAGCAAAUUGGCGCGCCGGACGCUGCACAAACAACGAAAGCAGAAACGGGAUCACUCGGACAAAAAGCGGAAAACAUCUCUUUUCAAGAGAAUAAGUUCCAAACGAGCGAGUGUAGAGAUGCAGCAGCCGUUAACUAUCAGUUGUCCAUUGUCAGCACCCAUUUUGUCCAGCGACAGCAAACCUCCACUUAUGAUGGCUGCGGGAAUUUGCUCGCCCUCGAUGGUCACGCCCAGUCGAUCGUUUCAGUCGUUUACUCGCUCACAGGAGACGCCAUCGCCGUAUUUUACAGCAUGUUCGAAAUCCGUCUGCAGCCCAUCCCCGCCGACGAAUCGCGUUAGCACGGACUCGUAUCAUUCUACUGGGAACUCGAGCCCAUGCUCAAGUCCAAGUUCGUCGUCUCCAGGUUCGAAUACAUCUGCCGGCAAUCUGUCGGGAAUCUCGAACCAAUCGCAUUAUCAGCGGCCGAGCACUCUCCACGGUCUCAAGCACAAGCUGCAUACGGCCGCGAAGAACAUUCACUCACCAAAUCGCAGGAAGUCCGUGGGACACAUACCAUUGUCACCAUUGGCUAGGACGCCGAGUCCAUCGCCGAUCCCCGCCAGUCCGACGAGGAGCCCGAGUCCUUUAGCGUUUCCUACGGGCCAUCAGCCUGGUAGUUCCAACACUACACAAUCGUAUAGUCCAGGAGUGUGUUUAGGGGCUACGCCGAAUAGCCAAAAGAAAGGUUAUGGUCGUCCAAAAUCGGCGGAGCCGGGUUCGCCACUACUUCGACGAGCACUCAGUCCCGAUCGGCUUCACCCGCGUUCGGCGGAGAACAAGACAUCAAUAUCACCGCUGGCGAACACCGUGAUCAAGGUGACACCUCGCGUGACUAUCGCUCAGUCAUCCCACAAUAGCAGUGACACCUGUUCAGAUGAGUCAAAUGACAGUUUCAAGGAGACCAACGAGGGCGUGAAGAGUGAGAAAAAAGUGCCAAGUGAAAAAGCAGACUAUUCUAAAUUGACUCAUAAUAUAUCUAUCAGUUUAGGAAACGUGAGUAUGUCGAAUUCCUGCGGUAGUACGCAAUUGCCGCGAAUAGCCGAGGAGAAGGAUUCGCCGACGGGCACCAAGAGCGACGACUACUCGUCAUCGAAAGAAAUCGAGAAGAGUGACAAGCAACAAUCGAUGUGUAGUAGUAGCAAUCAGUCCGAAGACGCAGAGCAAGCUCAGAACCAAGACGAAUGCCAAGCUACCAGUGACAGCAAAGUAUUGCAAUGCAACGAGAAAGAAGAGACUGUCAGUCAGCUCGAUGGCUCGCAAGUGAGCGCGCAGCAAUCAACCAAUUCAAGCUUACAGAAGAACAUAGAUCAAAGAUAUUGUCAAACUGGUGAGAGAUCUGUCGUGAUGUCAACGGUACAUAAGGCACCCGUCGCCGAACAGAAGAAUACUGUCAAAGAAAAUGUAGAAACUCACCAGGAGAUUAAAAAAAUAUCUAAAAAGUACAAGACCUCUGUUGAAAGUGUCCAUUCAAAUACGCACGAAAACAAUACAAGGCUGGGAAGAGAUAAGAAUUAAUUAAUUUUCGAAUAGAUUCAUGACAGAGCAUUGGUCUCCUUUAAGAUUUGUUUUAAAAUACGUUGUAUGACGCUGUCGAAUGUUUGACGUAUAUGUUGGAUUAUUCUUUAUACCAAUAUCAGGCUGAAAUGACAAUGGGUGCAUCCAGAAGCGCAACUGCUCACUGAGCGCUUACUGAACGCUCAGCGAAAACCCUAAAUCUGUCUACUGGACGCUUCCUAAGCUGUUUACAGUGAGCGGUCGUCAUUUUCGUGAGCGUAGUUUUCGCUCACUCCUCUCACUUAGCGCUCUUUGAGUGGCUCAGUGAGCGGUCGUCCUUCUGGAUACACCCAAUCUAAUGCACAAGCGCUCAACAUCUGACAGCAAUAUACGACAACGUAUUGUAGAAUAAAUUUAAAGUAGCCGGAAGACUUUUGAAUUACCUGUACGUUAAUCAAACGUGAAAUAAGAAGAAAGUUAUCUCUCGCAUGGUUCGAAAAAUUUUAUUGAAUAGAUGCUGACAAUCUUAUGAGAGAAAAGAGACUCAAUCAAAAGGAAAAGAAGGGAAAGAAUAAGGAAAACAGAGAAAAAAUCACAGAUUUUGAAUUUACAGUCGAAUCGUAAUAAUAACCUUCAUUUUCGAUACAUCUCCGUAAAAGUUACCUCGUGACUUCUCAUAUAGUAAUUUUUCCUCUUUUGCUGACAUCCCACCACGCUAUCAUCCAGCAUGCACAUGUGCAAUGCACGCGAAGAUAGUAAUUAAAAUUAUGGUGCUAUUAGAAUUUCGUUUGCGUAAGCGUUGUUUAUCAAAAAGUACGGAUAAGGGGAAAAGUUAUUUUUACGGAGGUUGAUCGGUUUCGACAAAUUAUUUUUACGGAGGCUCGACUGUAUAUAUCUUUAUAGAACUUCUAUAUUCAAACUUAUAGGCUUCCGUCAAACCUAAAUACCUGAAAGCAAUUAAGAUACUUAUAUAUUUCCGAGAAGAAGGUUUAAUCUAUUUCCAUAAAAUAUAACAUUUGUUAUAUACAAGACAUACUGCAAAACCUCAAACAAAUUUAUACAGAUGAGAGAAAUACAUUAUUUUAAUUGUCGAAACGCAAAACUCAAUUACGGACGCAAAAUCACAAAACCGCAUACUGAAGUUGCUCUAGCGGUAAGAUAAUUGGAGUGAUUUUUGAUUGCUUUGGGCUACAGUAUUUACACGAUCUCAUUUGUAUAUUUAAAUAAUAUUAGCACGCGCGCGCGCACGCAUACACACACACACACAAACACAAUUAACAUAAGGUGUUUUCCACACAAAUCGACAUAAGCAUUGUGCUACUUUUUUUGGUUGUUCAAUAGGUAACAAAGAUAGAAGAAUGCUUGUGUCAACUUGUGUUAUUAAAUGGAAAGCAUUUAUAGUAUUUAAUGAUUCGCAUACAAUAUCUUAUGCAUGCGAAAUAGUUUUAUAUGAUAGUAUUUAUUUUUGAAGAGAGGAAAAAAGUAAAGAGAAUUUAUAACGCUAUCUUAUUCUGAUGGUUUAUAUAAUAUAUACAACGAUUUCGUUGUGCGCGAAAUUACAAGUGAUAAAUUCAUGAUAAAAGCUAAGAAAUUAAACGUUUCUCACGUAAAUUAUUCGUUAUAUUUUUAUUGACUUAUUGAUAUUAUGUUAACCCUUUGCUAGGGUUGGGAAGUAACACGUUACUUGUAACGCCGUUAUCGUUUUCGUUACUUUUUUACGGUAACGAGCGUUACUUUUUUAUGUCUGUAACGAUAACGGUAACGUCAUUACAUUUUUACAAUAAUGGUAACGAAUUCAGCCGUUACUAUAUCGUUAUUUUAGCUGGCAGUAUCUAUGUUUGAUAAAACGUAUGAUGCGUCAUUUUAUGCUCGUUUUACAUUCAGUGACCAACAUGCGCUUUACAAAAUUCGGUUCAUGAUUAGUAGUGGCCAGUUUAAACAAGUACCAACUUAUUUUUUCAUACAGCGCGCCAGCGAUACCAGUAUGGGCACUGUUUGCAGUCCGCGCGCAGCAUGGGGGGAAUGGUUGACAUUCGCCUCACUCAUCGACCUAGCUCGAAUAGUCGAAUUGGAAUAAUUGGACGUAGCAAUUGUCUAUGGCUGAUAUUCAUAGUCGAUUCUUAUAUUUAAGAUCGUUUUAAGGGGGAGACCUAGUGUAAAAUCGAUUUUUUUCACGUUUUAUAUUUUUUUGCUAAAAUUGUUAGGAAAUUAUCUCAAAAAUAUGUAAAAAAACAUUAGAAAGUUACAAGAGAUUUUUUGUGUGUUAAUUUCAAAGAAAGGUGAAUCGGCUUCAGCAGCCGGAGCGCGUAGGUAUACAACUUUAAACGUCUUUUUCUCAAAAGGCAAAUUUGCGCGCCGACCUAUGUAACUCAAAAACUAUUUGACCGAUCAUCUUCAAAUUUUAUAUUCUUCAACUAUUUGGUCCCAGCAUAUACUUACCCGAUCAUUAAUAUUUUAAACAAUAAUUAUUAACAAUUGUUUAAAAUGCUGUUUUUUUAUUUAUAUCGCCGUUUUUGCAAUUUUAUGAAUUUUUUUAAUUAUUUAGGUAUAUGUUGUGCGUUUUUAUAAACUAACGAAAUUUUCUUGAAAUUUUUGUUUCACAUUAAUUUUGUGACCUCGGCGUAGACUGGCGCAAAUUCAAGGAGUCAACUUCAAGCAGCUGCUGUGCCGCCAUUUUGAAAUUUUUCAAUACCAACAAAAUUUUUUGAAUUAGUUUAAAUAGUGAAUAUUAUCAUAUACGUUAUCUACAUUCAAUAAAUUUUGCCAUAUUUUGUUUAAAAAAUCGAGAAAAAAUGGUUGUUUACACUAGGUUGCCCCCUUAAGUAUCAUCUUAAGAUGCCAUCAGAGAGACAUCAGCAUCUUAAGACAUUACUUAAGAUGAUCUUGAAAUAAGAAUCGACUAUGAAUACCGGCCAUAAAUGUUUUAACAUCUGAAAUUGCAUGUGUAUCGGAGACGACAUAAGAAAGAAAAGAUAAAGACAUGGGAAGGUAUUCAUGUCCCCAUGUGCGGAUUUUGUAAAAAAAAAAGAUGUCCCUUUUAUCACGCAUUAAAUAAAUUUUUUUAUGACAAUGGAUACUACUUUGUCAUCACCAAAAAAUAACGAAAAAGUAACGCAUCGUUACUUUCUAAGUAAUGAUAACGAUAACGCGUUAUAUUUUUAAGGUAAUGUUCCCAACCUUGUCCUUUGCACUCGAGGCCUUUCUCGCUCGGGCGAACCAGCAAUUCGAAACGAUUUCAGAAAUCUCGAGUUGCUAUAUUAGGAAAGCAUUUUACAGGUACUUUAAAAUCAUUUUAUACUCAGACAAACGUAUACAAAUAAUAAAAUUUCAUCAAUUUAUUUAUUUUUUCAUUGAAUACAACAAUGCUCGAGUGGAAACAUCAAACCAGCCGGGCGCCGCAGCGGCGCCGCUCGAGUGCAAAGGGUUAAGAAUGUAUCACACUCGUACAGUUUCUGCAAAGUAAGUUAAACUUGAAAAGUUUUAUAUUUUCAAUAAUUUAUAUACACGAAGUAGAAAAAAUAUGAACACCUGGGAAAUAGAUAUUUAUUUUAUUAAUAAAAGAUUAGCCUGUCA